CGAGACUGCUGCGUCUUGGUCAGGGUGCAUUUCCUACCCAGAAUGAUCCCAAGUCGGAAGCUGACGCAAAUCUAUGGAGACUGGGCUGUCAUUUAUGGUAGGACAGAACAUAAUGUCUAGACCAGUGGUUCUUAACUUUGUUAGAGGGUCACGGGGGGCGCUGGCGCCUAUCUCAGCUACAAUCGGGCGGAAGGCGGGGUACACCCUGGACAAGUCGCCACCUCAUCGCAGGGCCAACACAGAUAGACAGACAACAUUCACACUCACACACUAGGGCCAAUUUAGUGUUGCCAAUCAACCUAUCCCCAGGUGCAUGUCUUUGGAGGUGGGAGGAAGCCGGAGUACCCGGAGGGAACCCACGCAUUCAUGGGGAGAACAUGCAAACUCCACACAGAAAGAUCCCGAGCCUGGAUUUGAACCUAGGACUGCAGGACCUUCGUAUUAACUCCCUGAGGCCGACUCACCGAACCCCUAGGGUUCGAUCGAACCCAGGUGCAUCCCAGCCGGUGGCCCAAGCAUAUGCUGAGGAGCUGGCCAGGCAAGGCCUAAACAUAAUUUUUGUCACCCAGGACCACACUGACGUUGGAGACUUUGCCACACAUCUCUCCCAAAUCUACUGCGUUGAAACUCUCCUGGUGCACGCCGACAUGUGCUGGAACCAGGCGGCCGCCAAGCCGGUCAAAGAAGCUCUGCGGGGUAAAGACGUCGGUUUCCUUGUGAACUGUGUGGACGAGUCGGGCGCUUCACCCCAGAUCCUGAUUGAAAUGCCUGAACAGAAACUGAUGGAUGUGGUGGCAAGGAACAUUGCGACCGCCACGUUGCUGACCCGUGUGGUGUUACCGGGCAUGGUGGAGCGCAGCAGAGGAGCCGUGGUCAAUAUCUCCACCGGUGCUUGCUGCAGGCCGCUACCUGGAAGAGUGAUGCUCACGGCUUCUACUGGCUAUUUGGAUCACUUCUCCCGGGCUCUCCACCUUGAGUACGGCGGACGAGGGAUCUUUGCUCAAAGUCUGAUUCCGUUUAAGAUCGCCUCCAGUAAGCGUCAGCCGCCAUCGUCCACAGAAGGCUGGUUCGCGCCAACGCCAGAGGUCUACGCUCGCCACGCCAUCUCCACCCUGGGCGUGUCAAACAGAACCACAGGCUACUGGCCUCACACGCUCCAGAAUGGACUCAUGAGGUGCAUCCCAGAGUGGAUUUGGGUUCUGGGAUCGCGAAUGUUCAUCAGUUAUAUUUAAAAUGAGGCUCUUUGUCCACCUGCUUACUGGCUUAUACCAAUGUUGACUUGGGAUCAUCCUUCAAAAACCAGGUUAUACAUGUGUGCAUUGUGUUGAUGUAAUGCAGUCGUUUCCAUACAUUUAUUUAUUUGUGGUGGGCCGCUUCAAUGUUUGCUCUCACUCAUAAACACAUUAUAAUGGGACUGCCUGUGAAGUUAGCUUGUCCUUCCAAUUCCGUACAGUAGGUUGCGGUAUGCAUCGUAGCCCUGCUUCUUAACACACCUCAUACACCAGGGUCCUUGUUUAUAAAAGUGUGUGUGCAACUGAAUGUAAAACAUUAUGAAAACACAAACCACUGUAUCCACAUAAUAACAUUUUGAUUUACAAAGCCAUGCUAAGCACACUUCAAAUUAUAAUUCAGAAUUUGGGGAUAGGUUGAUUGGCAGCACUAAAUUGGCCCUAGAGUGUGAAUGUUGUCUGUCUAUCUGUGCUGAAGGGGCGACUUUUCCAGGGUGUAGCUCGCCUUCUGCCCGAUUGUAGCUGAGAUAGGCUCCAGCGCCCCCCACGACCCCAAAGGGAAUAAGUGGUAGAAAUUGGAUGGGUGAAUGGAAGAAUUUAACUGUGCAUAGAAUAGUUUCUCCCUGGUGUCCUCCCAGGACUCCCCCCACAAUCAUCCAUAAAUAUGAUGAUGAGUUCAAGAAUCUCAUGUUGGACUGUCAAUGACUGAAGACAGAGAUGUCGUCAGAUAUUUUCAGUUAGAUGCUGAUUACGUCGCGCACCAUAAGAAAAAUAUGUGUGGAGAGCUAAUUAACAUUAUCUAUCCAUCCAUCUAUGAGACUCUACUUAUGUUAAAAGAUUAGUUCAAACAUAGCUUCCCCUACUUGAAAGACCAGCAGCUGCUACUGGUAUACAGCCUGAGUGUCCCUCCAGCCACCCAUUUUCUACUGCUUGUCUCUAUCAGGGUUGCGGGGGGUGCUGGAGCCUAUAUAAGCUGCAUUCAGGUGAAAGGCGGGGUACACCUUGAACAAGUCGCCACCUCUUCACAGGGCCAACACAGAUAGACAACAUUCACACCCUAGGGCCAAUUUAGUGUUGCCAUUUAACUUAUCCCCAGGUGUAUGUCUUUGGAGGUGGGAGGAUGCCAUGCAGUCACAGGGAGAACAUGCAAACUCCACACAGAAAUACCCCGAGCUUGGGGAUUCAAACCCAAGACCUUUGUAUUGUGAGGCACUUGCACCAACCCCUGUCCAGCGUGCUGCCCUGAUUAACGUCAUGUGUAAUUAAAAAUAACAUUUAGAAUUUGAAUGUCAGUACUUAACCAAUCACAGUGUCAACUGCUCUGUGACUGAGAACUGUUGCUCAUAUGUUGACAUCUUAGUCCAAAUAAUGUUUUUAUUAUUUACGUCUUUAUUUUGUCAGAAUGCAAAGCAGACGUUCCGUUGCAUGACACAAGUAGUCAUUGCAAGCAAUUAAUUCAAGCUCUUGUCAGCAAUUGUCCCACAUACGAGAUUAUUUUAAUACAUUAGCGGCACCAUAAAUGUGUUUUGUGAAGCUGUUUAUCUUAAAAAUAUUUUUGUGGUAAUAAUAAUAUUAUUAGGUUGAAUGGUGGUUGUGUAAAUGCUGCGUGAGAUGUAAACAGCACUCCAACCUUGUUAUAAACUCAAAUUUGCCAUUUUUUGAAAAAAGUUCAAGGUAAUUAUUUACUUUAAAUGCAUAACAACAAUUUUAUCUGAUAUCUAUUCUAAUCUCAUCUGUAUAAUUUACUUGUGUUCGUAGUCGCUGUGCUAUCUUAUGAACCGUCACCUGCUGGGACUGUUUUGUGUUUUGCAAGUCAACACCCAUUCCAGGACAACUUUUUGGACAAAAUAAAGUACCGGUCAUUUUAACAGUCA